ACGUUCCCUUCCCUGAGAAGUGGAAUUUUGCAUCAACCAUGGGAGUUGUGGAAGAUGUUCCCAAUUUCCGUGAUUGGGUAGGAAAGUUGUUGAGUAUUGCACCAAUGGAUGGUAGAUCUUGGAAGACCCUUUCCCAACGUUUUGGUUGGAAAGUAAAAACUCAUGGAUUUGCUAUUCGAGGAGUUAUUGUUGAGGCGGUUGCGGCUUCUCAUAUCUCUUUGGAAAGGGCUCAAGAAAUAAUUCUGGGCUCUUCAUCGAAAAGAAAAUCCGUUGAUGACCAAGACUUUGAAGAAGAGGAAGACGGGGGUUCCUUGGUAACAAGGCCACAGGCUCGUAGAUGCAUUAUUUCCGAUGAUGAAACAAAAGCGUCCCCCCACCGUUCUAUUCCUCUUACCAAAUCUGUUGAAGCCCUGGUAGUGAUCCCUGAUGAAGUUGAUGAUGCUCCCGCUGCUGCUCAUGAUUCUGUUGAGCAGCGUUUUGACCGCGGGUUUGGUAGUGAAAGUUUAAGUCCCAUUUCUGAUGAAACUCCCUUGGCUUCUUUUUCUCCUCCCGUGCAUGUGACUCCUACUUUGCCGAUUAUGGCUGCUUCCAUUCCUCCCCAUGAUGUUUUUACUACUUCUACUGUUCCUCCUUCGACAAUUCCUCCCCCACCUGCUCACCGUGCUGAGGUUGGCUCCUCAAGUAGGAGUGGUGCUAUGAGGCAAGUAAUUAUUGAAGUCCCCACUGAGGUCAACCUUUUAAGGAAAUCGGGUCAAGCAGAUGUGUGGCUAAAGCCUUUAAUUGGUCCUGUUGAGAGAGCCAAGCUAGAGAGCCAUAGUUCUUUGACUUUGAUGAAUGACAUUGUGCAUGCUUCUUUAAAGGCCAAUCUCAUCGGCACGGAGAUGAUGAAAAGGGUUACCCUCUCAGAGCAGUUAGUGUGUGAUUAUCAAUUGGAGGCAUGUAAUUGGAAGGAACAGUAUGAAAGUCUUCAGAUCGACGUGGAGCUCUUAGAAGAAAGUAAGAGUACCUUGGAGUAGCAGGUGCGGGUCUUGACUUCGAAAUUGGCAAUUGAAAAGGCUCCCUCAAGUCAAGCAGAUAAGGAGAAGUCUCGUCUUGAAACCUCUUUUUCCGAGCAGCUUUCUAAGGCAAGUGAAGAGAUCAGAGAGUUGAAGGCUCUCUUGGCUGAGAAAGAAGCAUAUGCUGGUGAACUUGUGCAAAAUUUGACCCAAACUCAGAAAGAUCUCCGGGUAUCUUCUGAUAAGUUUUGUUCUUUAGAAAAUCCCACGCCUCUCUUCAAGUUUCUUAUGAAUCUGCCUUGGCUGAAAAUGAAAAGUUAAAAAAUGAAAUUGCUGAUUGGGAAAGAGACUACGAGAUCCUUGAAGAUAAAUCUGCCAUUGAAGUGAGUUGGGCGUUUUUGAAUUCUCGCCGCGAUACCCUUGUUAAAGCCAGCCAAGAGAAUUUUAACUUGGAAUUUGAGUUAGCCAAGAUCAAAGAGACUAUUGAGAAGGCUCAGCAAAACUAAGAUUUUUCUUCUCCCGUAGCUGAAGAUUUUGAAAAUGUUGAAAUUGAUACGGAUAUCCCCACUCCUUCAAGCCAAGUUGAGCCCGCUGCUAUUGAGGUCCCUGCUUCAGUCCCUUUAUCAAAUCAGUGAGAAGUUUAUUUGAACUCCUUUGUGUUGUGUUUUUUUCCUUUUUGGUGAAAUGUGGUUAUAACCCUUGGUCUCAUUUGAGGGUUUGUUUUGGAAGUUUAAGUCCCCAGACCUUUUAUGGGGCAAUAUGUAUAAACAAUUUUCAGUUUAUGACUAAGCUCAUACUUAGUCUAAGCUUUUUAAUAGUAAGAAGUUUUUUGUUACUAUUU